AUGAGAUGGUCAAGAGUAAUCCUUUCACUUGCCUUGUUUAGUGUGACGCUGUUGGCUUUAGAAGAUAAGGAUAACCUUUAUUUGCCUGAUACUGAUGAGUUGUUAAAUGCCAGACCGCCGCAUGACAAAUCCACCAACAAGCUCGGAGUCAAGGUGCUUGAGGAUGAAGAUAAUCAUCCCACGCCAGAUAAUUUGAAACAGCCGUUGAAUCCCAAUAAGUCCGACACAACAGCAAGCACAAAUGUAAAUGAGUUGAAACAAGAGGACGAAAAUAACCAUCAAGAGGCUGGCUCUUACAACGCGUUUGUCAUGUCUAUUUCAAUGAUUGUAGUCUCUGAGAUUGGCGACAAGACAUUCUUGAUAGCUGCAUUGAUGGCGAUGAGAAAUUCACGGUUUGUUGUAUUCUCGUCAGCAUUCACCUCUCUUGUUUUAAUGACAAUUUUGUCUGGUAUAGUUGGCCAUGCUUUACCAUCUUUGAUGUCACAAAGAAUAACCCAAUUUUUAGCAUCAGCUUUGUUUAUCAUAUUUGGUAUUAAAUUGUUGAAAGAAGGCCUUAGCAUGUCGAAAAACUUGGGCGUUGAAGAAGAACUAGCAGAAGUGGAAGAAGAAAUUGCAUCGAGUAAAUUAAACACCCAGUUGAGUGACAUCGAGGGUGGGUCCAUGCCCGCCGCCCAAUCGCAAUCAAGGAAAGCAAAAUUUCAAGAAAUUGGACAGCAAGUUCAGAACUUGGCUUCGUUUGUAUUUACUCCCGUGUGGAUCCAAGUUUUCGUUAUGACUUUUUUAGGGGAAUGGGGGGACAGGUCACAAAUUGCCACCAUUGCAAUGGCCGCAGGAUCAAAGUAUUGGUUUGUCAUAUUAGGAGCCAUCAUAGGUCACGGUUUAUGUACUGCUGCUGCAUGUAUUGGUGGAAAGCUCUUGGCGAAAAAGAUAUCAAUGAGAAACGUUACUCUAGGUGGCGCCGUUGCAUUUUUGGUAUUUUCCAUCUUGUACUUUUAUGAUGCUUAUUACAAUACCGAAAGUUGA